AUGGCGCACGCGGCGCCGCUCGGCCUCCUGGAGCAGAGCUGCCCCAUCCAGGUGGAGCACGACCGCAAGCGGCGGCAGUUCACGGUGCGCCUCAACGGUUGCCACGACAGGGCAGUGCUGCUCUACGAGUACGUGGGGAAGCGGAUCGUGGACCUGCAGCACACGGAGGUGCCGGACGCCUAUCGAGGAAGAGGGAUAGCCAAGCACCUGGCCAAGGCAGCCCUGGACUUCGUGGUGGAGGAGGACCUGAAAGCUCAUCUGACGUGCUGGUAUAUUCAGAAAUACGUCAAAGAGAACCCGCUGCCGCAGUACCUGGAACACUUGCAGCCUUAGGGCAGCACUGCCCUGACACCAGCACGCCUGUCCCGACUGUUCAGCGCGGCCUUCGCUUCUCUGCGGUCUCAGGAAACCCCCUCUCACCUCCCACACUCGCAAUUCCCAUUUUUUUAAGUGUGUCCAUGUGGUGCAUGAGUGUGGGCACAACCUCCUCUCUGCCCGCGGGUGAACAUGGCUGCAGCCGCUGGGCUGGGCUGGCUCUGGGCACACGUUCCCCUUGGCCCUUUUCUGAAGCCGGGGGUGGAAGAGGAUGUGUUUUUCCGCCAAACUCCAUCACAAGACCAGCRGAUGGCUCAGAUUGCAGCUCGUCAUCUUCCUUCUGCCUGGCAAUGGCCAUGAACUUGCAGGGGGAUGUUGGUUAGGGGGGACCGCAGGGAAUCUGCCCCCAUUCGCUCCCAGCUGCUGGGGAGAUGCUGUGGAUUAAACCUGAGGGGCUGGAAGGUUCGUCCCCCCGUGGCAGGAGCAUCUGCUGAGCACUGAGCCCUCCCCAAAGCCUCACGGGGCUCGGGUGAGAACUUGUGGGUUCUGCUGGCACUGGGACAGUGAAACCUUCGAACCUGGAGAGGGAGGAAUCCAGCAAGAAGGAGCCUUUGGCAGCAGCCCUUGUCCUCGUGGGCUGCAGCGCGACCACACGGAGCAAGAAACAUGGCUGAGUCGCAGCCCUGGGAUCUCCGCGGGGCCUCGGCUGCUCUCCCACCUCUGCUCCCUGGUGCCAGGGUGGUGGAUUCAGCCCGUGCGGGAGGAGAGCRCCAGCCAUUCCCAGCCAGGCCUGGCAUCCCGGCACGGCCGGAGCCUUGAGGGAACCUCGCAGGUUUUGCAGGUGGCUGUGGCUGAAGAUGAAGGACCUUCCAUCCCCCUCUGCUGAAGCUCUGGGUUUGUGCUGCAGAACCUCGGAGCUCGAGCCCUCUCUGCAUCCCGGGAGUGCUGGGGGGAGCAAAGCUUCCAGGACCCGCUCCUGUGCCACCUCCGGGGGGUGACACUAGAGCCACGUGCUGGCUCUUACAGCUGGGCCCUUCCCCUCCUUGCAGCUUUUGGAACCAGACUUGGCACUCGAGGGAUCACCCGUCUUCCCCCUGCCUCUCCUUGUAGCUCCGUGUCCCCGGGUGAUGGUGGCACUGCAGGGCCCUUGACCGGUGGCAAGGAGGAACUCCAGGCUCCAAGCAUCACAUUGUCUCCAUGGAGGAUGUCCCUCUUGCACGGCUCAGCUUUGUCACACGUAGAGGUAACAGUGUCACCGCAGUGCCAAGAGCGGGGUACAGAUCGGCUCUGGAUUGUCCUGUCCUGCCUCGUCCACGUUUUCCAGGGCCUGAGCUAGACCCUGGAGGACGGGAGCUGCCCACAGGCUGUGGGAUGUGGGGCUGCGUGCGGCAGAGCUCCUGGCACUCUGCCCCCCAGCAGCUGCCAGCCCAGCCGGGGGGCUGGGGCUGGGCAGGAUGACAUAAAGAGCCUUUUGCCCCGAGGCCAGAUCCAAGCGGAGCUUAUCUCGUAGGGUAGGGACUAAAGUUUGCAGCCUGUGUCAUGGGCCGAAUGAAGCCCUGGCCAAGAGAGCUCAGCCCUUGGAGCAGCRUUUGCCCAGGUCACGGCAGCAGCUCCCCCAGCCUUUGCUCCCAGUGGGAUGAGCAGGAGCUGGAGACGCACGUGCGGCCUCUGCAUGGAUGGUCCCAGUGCUGCUCUUGGUCAAGGCGAAGCCCCUGCCCYGCUGCCCAGGGGCUGUGGGCUGUGAUACAUCAUGAAACCUUCCCAAAGGCCCUCCCUGCCCUGCUGGGACCCAUCUUGGGAGGAACCUGCGCCCCUUGCUGAGGCUGGGGGUGGCAGCCCCCUCGCCCUGCGCUGCCCAGAGAGGCAUCGGGCUUCAGCUGCGCCCCUGCCUCGCGUUUCUGUCCUCUUGCUGCCUGGUUCAGCCUGGCCGCUGCCUUCAGGAUGUCUUAGAGGGACUGGGAAAGUGUCACGGGUAGAGAGCUAAGGAGAAGGGGCUCAAGAAGAAAUGUAGCCUGCAAAAUGUGAGCCCUUUGUCAGGCAAAAUACGCUUUGUGGAUCCAUAGGAGCAAGGUUGGCUGUGUUGUGGCCAAGCAGGGACAGAGCUGUCCCAAAAUGAAGCUGAACCAUCUCCUCCCCUGCAAGCCGGGGUAGAAAGGCAGCACUGCAUCCGCAGUGCAGUGGGGCUGGCUGCAGGGAAGGGAUCUGCUAGGAGCAACAGCUUGUGCAGGGUGCUGAGCACCCCGGCUCUGCGCUGGUUCCAGUGUGGCGGGUUUGGGCAGCACGGUGCUGGGUCCCUGCAGAGRAGUUGUGGUCGCUUGGCACAGUGCCCACGUCCCAGCGGAGCCCGUGCGCUGUUCUGGCAGGAACCUCCUGCUUCCYGGCGCCGGAGCCCAAGCGGCAACCCCUGCCUUAAAUCAGGCACAGCACGCGGCUCUGCCGCUGCUUCCCUUUGAGGUGCUACAACCCCCUGGGUUCCUGACCCGGCGGAGAUGCUUGCCGGUGUCCGUGCCAACCGUUUUACUGCUGUAUCCACCCUCCGCGCCGGCCUUUCCUUCCCCAUGGCCUCCGAGUCGGCAAAAAGCAAUACCCGCAGCUCCCCACGGUGCUGCAGUCCUYGUGCUCCCGGGAUCCGGCGGCAGGACGUGGCCGGCGGCUCCUGGCAUCGGACUCGUCUCCCUCCUGCCUCUCUGCCAGCCGYCUUUUCCUUGCUCGUCCGUGUGGGAAGGAGCUUUCCGAGCCCUCCGCUGCCCUGGGCUGCUCCAUGGUGCUGACUAAGCCUAGGAGAGUUGGGGAUCCUGGGCUCUCUCCUGAAAUGGGAGUGUGGAAGCGCUUUGGUUGAACAUUGAGGCCCCCCCAGCCCRUUUGAACUACAGACUUUGGGAGGUGGGGAAAUACAAAUUGCUGUUGAACUCGCUUCCACGUCACCCAACUUGAACUCCCCCCUUUCUCACCUGCUUUCCAGACUUGUCUUCCUCCCUCCAAGGUUUCCAUUCUGUUGAAUUCAGUGGUUACAAAUGUGCCUUUCCUUCUCAGGACCUGUUACAAACGAYCUUUCUGCUUUUGUUUAUGUCUAACAUUUAUCUUUCUCCUUCCC